AAGUGGGCAGCGGAGUGGUUUAAAGUUAACGCCUCCCUGUCCCGGAUUGUGCCAUGGAACCGCGGUGGGCGGGGUUAAUAAUUACAGACAAACCGUCCCCUCCUCCUCUGUGGCUGUUAUUUAUUAAUUUAACUUCCAAGUUUUCGUCUCAGAAACUACUGCUGGAUGUUUCUGUCACGGUUAUGGUGGAACUUGCUCAAAUGUGAAAGUCCAGACAACUUUUUGGCUCCGCCGGGCAGAGGAGCGGGGAGCCGCUUGGGGAGUGAAUUAACGGUCCACCAUGCUAGCAGAGCGCUAGCUUCGCAGCAACAGGUCGCUCCGGCUAACCGCGCAGCGCAGCAUGGAGCGCGGAUGUUUCUCAAAGUAUUCCUGGAUCGACUUCGUCUUCUCCGUGAUCGGAGUGUGUACUUUCCUGGUGGACUGGGGGUCCGACGUGUGGGUGGCGACUGAGUUUUACUGCCGCGGGGACUUCUUCUGGUUCGGUGUGCUGGUCGGCCUCAUGGUCUUGUCGUCUGUGGUGGUCCAGAUGUUCAGCUGGUUCUGGUUCAAGUACGACCGGGAGCUGCCGGGCUUCAGCGGGGAGACCGGAGCGGGGACCGUGCUGUGCGGUGACAGGGUGAAGCUCUUCUGCCUGCUACAUGUGCUGCAGCUCGGCUUCCUCUGCAGACACAUCUCGGCCAUUCGCCAGGGCUUCAGGGUGUGGUGGAGGAAGGAGGAAGGCUCGGAGUACGCCGUCUACCUCACGCACGACCUCAGCAUGCUCCGCCUCAUCGAGACCUUCUGUGAGAGCGCGCCUCAGCUCAUCCUGAUGGUCUACGUCAUGCUGCAGAGCAACAGGGCCCGGACCGUUCAGUUCGUGAGCAUCGCUGCGUCCACCACGUCCAUCGCCUGGAUGGUGGUGGACUACCACCGCUCCCUGCGCUCCUUCCUCCCGGACAAAGCCAAGCAGGGCUGGGGCUCCGCCCUCAUCUACUUCCUGUGGAACCUGCUGCUGAUUGGCCCUCGCGUGGCGGUCCUCGCCCUCUUCUCCUCUGUCUUGCCCGGGUUCAUUGCCGUCCACUUCCUGCUGCUGUGGCCCGCCCUGGUGCUGUGGGCGUGGCUACAGAGGACGGACUUCAUGGACAGUGCCGGGGGGGAGUGGCUCUACCGGGCCACGGUGGGGCUCAUCUGGUACUUCAGCUGGUUUAACGUGGCGGAGGGCCGGACGCGGGGGCGGAGCUUCAUCUACCACACCUUCAUUACCACGGACGGUGGCAUCCUGCUGGCGGCCUGGUGGAGCUACCGGGACCCGGUGCAGACGAAGGCGUACGGCCUGGCACUGCUCAUCGCGCUGCCGCUCUCCUACCUGCUGGGUCUGCUCUUCAAGGCGCUCUACUACUGCUGCUUCCACCCCAAACUGUGGCGGCCACUGACCAAGGAGCCCGGGCUGCCCGACGACCUGCCUGACGCAGAAGUGUCCUUCAGAAACGUCUCCAUGCAGGACAACGUCCCGUCCUACCCGCUGCUCAACAGACGCAUGGCCUGGCACGCCACCCACUUUUACCGGCCAAGACGCAUCAACAGGAACUCAGAACCAAUCAGAACAGAGACCUCACAGCUGUGACUGGCCCGCCAUCUUCUGGGUUGCCAUGGCGACAGUUGUGUCUAGUGGUGCCUGGAAAGUAGCAACAGACAUGCUUGAAAAAUAAAAACAGAAACGGCUCAAUAAAUAAAUUCACAUGAAAAUAAUUUAGAUUCAAAUGUAGAAUUAAGUUUAUUUCUUCUUUAAUUUCUUUCAACAAAUUAACUGAAUUUUGUUAGAAUUUCCCUGUAUUUCAAAUUAUUUUUCCAAAUAUAUUUAUUUUUUUUAUAUAUAUAUAUAUUUCCAAAUAACAGUUUCUGGUAAAUGUGUAAAGGAAAGAAUAAAAACACCCAGGAAAAAACAAAGAAACAAAGAAAAGUAAUAAAUGAUAGAGAUGAACGGAUUUAGAAAAAAAUAAAGAAUGCAGAAGAAAAAGAAACCCGAAGAAAUAAAAACAACAUUCCCAGUUUAUCUGUUUGAUUGAAUUAUUUCUCUUUUGUUUUUGGGCCAAUUUAUAAAGGAAACAAAAAUAAACAAACCCAUGAAAAUAAAUACAGAAAUAAAAUAAUUCUACAUUUAGAGAUCAAUACGUCCCUAAAUUAUAAAGGAAAAUAAAGAUUUUAUUAAAGAAUAAAUUGUAAAAUUGCAAUAAGGAAUUAAAACAAACAAAAUACAAAAUAAACAGCUCGAUAAAUAAAUUGAUAUGGAAAUAAGAUGAACAAUAAUUUACUUUGAAAUUUGGGGAAAACUUAUUUCUCUGAACUACAUUUAUUUAGAUUUGUCACAAUAUCCCCAGAAUUAUUCAAAUAUUUGGUCGAAUUUAUAUUAAAAAACACUCAAGGAAAUAAAUAGAGGUUCAAAACAGAGAUAAAUACAAAAAUAAUUAAGAUGAUUUAAUUAAGGAAUAAAUUGGAAUAAUAAAUUUAUGGUCAUACAAUAAGAUUUAAAUUAAAAGAAAAAAUGUUUUUAAAGUAAUGAAAAAGAAAAAUUCAUUUUUUAAAUAUGAAAUGAAAAAAGUUCAGAGUAAAAAAAGUAGAAAUUUAAACCCUUAUUGUCUUAAUUUUCUUUUGUUUAGGUAGUGUGAGCAUGUUGUAUUAGACGGAGACACAUCUGGAUGUUUACAGGUUUAUUUUUAUGUUUAUUCUGUGUUUUUUCCCAUUGUGUUACGUGUGUGCACGUACAUGUGUGACGGUGUGUGUGUGAUGGUGUGUGUUUUCUGAGACCAUGUGAACGUGUCCCAUGAGGCAGAUGGAUGUUCAGGUACCUCAGAGUUGUAGCUGCUGCAUGUUGCUGCUCAGGCUGAUUUAUUGAUUAAUUUUUUUAUUGUAUUUUAUUAUCUGCUUCAGUCCGAACAUUCAGACUCUAAUCGGACGGUCGGACUCUGAUCGAAUGUUCGGACUCUAAUCUGACUUUUGGACUCUCUUGAAGCCCCCGUUCAGACCUCAAACGUGUUGUACAGCCAUUAAAGUUCUCCUGAUGAUGA